GGCAAAAAAGAAAAGGAGUGAGAAUUUGAAAGGCUUCAGCUAUGGAGAAAGAGGCACUGGCAACUGAGGCUCCUUUUGCACCUGUGACUUAUGAAAGAAGAGUCAGGAAUGACUUGGAAGACAAACUCCUAAAACCUUAUAUGCCUAGAGCUUUGGUGGCUCCAGAUACUGAACACCCUAAUGGAACACCAGGCCACCGGCAUAACCAAUUGAGCGUCCUUCAGCAGCAUGUAGCAUUUUUCGACUUAGACAACAAUGGAAUCAUUUAUCCUUGGGAGACUUACACUGGCUUGAGAGCCAUUGGCUUCAAUCCUAUUGCCUCUCUUGUUAUGUCGGUUCUUAUUAAUGGGGCAUUGAGCUAUGCUACACUGCCAGGGUGGCUUCCUUCGCCUUUCUUCCCCAUAUACGUUCACAACAUACACAGAGCCAAGCAUGGUAGUGACUCAGGUGUUUAUGACAGUGAAGGGAGGUAUACUCCAGCGUACAUUGAAAACAUGUUCAGCAAAUAUGCUCUUACAGUGCCUGAUAAGUUUACACUGGGAGAGCUUUGGCACAUGACCGAGGCGAACCGAGAGGCAUUCGACUUCUUUGGCUGGAUUGCUAGUAAGUUCGAGUGGGGGAUUCUGUAUGUCCUAGCAAGGGAUGAGGAAGGCAUGUUGUCUAAGGAAGCUGUAAGACGUUGCUUCGACGGUAGCUUGUUCGAGUACUGUGCUAAAAGGAACAAGGGUAGCCAGGAGAAGAUGGGUUAAGUGAGUGCAAUGCUAGAAGUUCCCUCUGAACCAGAAACUUCUACUUCAGUUUCAUUAGCAUCUGUUUCUUUAUCCUGUAUAUGCUGCCCAUGCAGAUUCUAGCUUAGCUUAUUUCCAGGACAAUAAAGAGUUACUAUAAAAAGAUGAAGACAGGGCUCUUGAGUUAUAGAUUUGGCAUGAAAGUGUCCAAUUGUCUGGUGUUUUCUUUCCUUUCAAACCAUGUGAACAUGAUGAGGAAGUGUGUCUGCUGCUAGUCAAAUUUUUAGCCAAUUUUAACUGAGGGUUUAUUUGAAUUGACGGUGUGAUUUCGGUGGGGUUAAUUUGGAUUGAUAGUAAGAUUGAUUUCGGUGAACCAAUCUCAGUGAGGUUCAAAACAAUUGAAUGUGAAAUUCAAAACAAUUGAAGUGAAUUAAUGGUGAAUUAAUGGUAAGAUAUGUGUUUGAA